GCGUAACGACCUUGCUGAUUUUCUUCAGAUAAGGACUUUAAAACAACGCGCAAAAGGGCUGGUUGCUUUUGCCCAGCAGUGAAAUAAUGUACAGAACUUAUGCGUUUGCUGCCGUGUGCAGUGUGUGUAUGAUCAUUACUUUGAUCAGUGAUGCAGAAGCUGGAUGUGAAGACAUAGGACGUUGCUGCAGCGGGAAGAGCACGGGAUGCAAGUACAGUUACGGAUCCUCCGGAAGACACGGACGAGUUUGUUACUGUGAUGAAUACUGCCAAAAAUCCGGAGAUUGUUGUAGCGACUACGAGUCUUAUUGCUUAUCACGAGCUCAAGAUUGCGUUAUGACAUACUGGAGCCAUUGGAGUCAUUGCACAGCUCGGUGUGGAUUGGGAAUGACAGAACGAAGGAGAGAAGUGCAUAUACCGCCAUCUGGUGGUGGAAAGGAAUGUGGAAAACGCAGACAAACAAAGGCAUGCCGCCAUAACAACGAUAGAUGUCGUAAUAAAGAAAUCGCCCAAAUUCUGCCAUCGUAUCACAACCGAAAGAGGAAUGUACGUGACAAAUACGAACGUCCAAGUGUGCUCAAAAAAGUUAAAAAAGACAGUUACUGCGUGCAUUACCGCAUAUCAUCUAUUGCUUGGUACUGCCGGUAUGCAUCACCUUACCACGUAUUAAAGAUCGGUUCCUUGGUUUGUGCGGAAUGCCAUGACACUGCUAUGGACAGGGAAGGACACUGUGCCGGCUCUUAUACUGCGGUCCGCAGUCGCUGGAGGUCGCUAGUUGGUCGUCCGUGCCACGGAACAUGGGAAAGCGAAGGCGAAAAGGAAGAGAACUGCAGAUGUGGAGAAAAUCCGGGAAAAGACUUUAUUUUUGUUUGAGCACAACCACAGACACGCUGAAAACUUAAAACUGACAACACUAGUCUCAUUUAAAUAGGUCGCUCACGCACGAUCGCAGGAAUCAUUUUGAGUCAGCGUCCAGCAUGUUCGUAGUAACAAAGAUAUAUGCCUCAAGCUAGUAGUAUAAUUGUACGUCUCACUUCACGUCACUGCUUGGUCAUAAUUCAUAUUUAUUCGCUCGAUGUAUCGACUGUGACGAUUCAAUCUUUGCCGCAUUUUAAGGAAUUCAUAAUGAAUGCAUUUUUGAAAUGAGCGGCGAAAUAUAUAUGUUUUGCUACCGCUAGGUGGUAGUAGAGUAUGGUUGAAAAUCGAGAGAUAUCAUUGUACCACUAUUGUAAAAUAACACGAAUUUAUAAGUUAUCUCUUUGGCUGUUCUACCUCGUUUUUUUCGCGGACAUUAGCGGCUUUAUAAUGAUUCGCUAAUAUGGGUGUAUGUUAGUAAAUUUAUAGGUCGUUGGUCGCCAACAUUUUCUGUUCUAUGGGUAAUUUUUUAAACUGCAUCUUCACCAGCAGGUUUAAUUCUUCGUUAUUUUGUAAAGCGAAGUUCAUGAAACAAUCCUAAAGAACAAGAAAAAAGUUCUACUUUUAGACUAUAAACGCUGCUGAAGCGUUGCUAUGUGGAAAAACCCACACACCCACUCGUGCCGUCUGAAACACUCUUAUAAUGCUUUUUAUCGCGAUUUCAGCAUAUAUUUUUUCUUGUUGUGUCUGCUUGCAGCUAAAACCUUUUUUAAAAUCACAAUUUUUGUAAUUGUUUUUUUUUUUCUUUUUUUUUGAUAAAUUAAAGUGUUAUAAAGUAAAAUCAAGAUUAAUUUUUAUAUCUCUGUUUUUUUUCUUGAUUCUAUAUGAUCUUGUACAACUGUACAUGUAUUACGAUAAUCAUGAAUGACAUAUUGCAGAUUACAGCAUUAAAUUAAAUGAAUGGUGGCUCUA